AUGAAACAAAUCGGCUUCGCCACUGCUUGGGCUUUGGACCCGUCUCGUCUUCCUCCCACUGUCUCGUUCUUCUGUGCUCUGCUCCAAAAAUUCGGGCAAGAGUCAACAAACGUUUCCCAAACCAAACCUAAGCGCGGCCAUGAAAGACAUUGUUCAUUCGGCCCGCCCCUUUAUGUUCCGUUGUUUAUAUGUAAAGUGCUUUGGGGUAUCUGUUGGUACACAAAAAACAGUGUGACAAAGGAGAGAGAACUAGAAAGAAAAAAGUAG